UUGAAGGAAAUCCGACACAAAUCCAGUGACUACCCUCACAGAGUUGCAAAAUACCCAGAAAACAGAAAUCGUAACAGAUAUAGAGAUGUUAGUCCCUACGAUCAUAGUCGUGUAAAAUUGGAGAACACCGAGAACGACUACAUCAAUGCCAGCCUCGUAGUCAUAGAAGAAGCCCAGAGAUACUACAUUUUAACACAGGUAAGUAGUACCAAUUACUGUUGCCAUUUUUGGCUAAUGGUAUGGCAGCAACAGACCAAAGCAGUUGUCAUGCUGAACAGAGUUGUUGAAAAAGAAUCGGUGAAGUGUGCGCAAUACUGGCCAACAAAAGAAGAGGAAGUUAUGACAUUCAGUGAAACAGGUUUUCGUGUGAGGCUGGUGUCUGAAGAUGUCAAAUCCUAUUACACAGUGCAUCUACUGCAGUUAGAAAAUAUCAACAGUGGUGAGUCCAGGAUGAUCUCUCAUUUUCAUUAUACUACAUGGCCAGACUUUGGAGUUCCUGAAUCCCCAGCUUCAUUCCUGAACUUCCUGUUUAAAGUCAGAGAGUCUGGUUCACUGAGUCCUGAGCAUGGACCUGCAGUAGUUCACUGCAGUGCAGGGAUAGGACGUUCCGGCACGUUUUCGUUAGUAGAUACUUGUCUUGUUCUGAUGGAAAAAAAGGACCCAUUUUCUGUAGAUAUUAAGAAGGUAUUACUGGAUAUGAGAAAUUAUCGAAUGGGACUUAUUCAGACUCCUGAUCAACUAAGAUUUUCAUAUAUGGCUGUAAUAGAGGGAGCAAAAUUUAUAAUGGGAGAUUCAACUAUACAGAAACGGUGGAAGGAGCUCUCUAAGGAGGACCAAGCGCCAAGUUCUGAGCAGUCUCCUCCACACCCAACCAAAAUAACCACAGAAAAGUACAAUGGGAACAGCAUAGGCCUGGAAAACAAAGAUCAAAUGGAGAAAGUAAACACUGACCUCUCCACUAAAGUUCAAGACAUCACAGAUGGGAACAUUGAAAGUACUGUCCGAAAACGACUGCGGGAGGACAGGAAAGCAAACACAGCACAGAAGCUGCAGCAGAUGAAGCAGAAGCUAAAUGAGACUGAAAGAAAAAGAAAAAGGCCGAGACUGACUGACACCUAAGCCUUCAAGACUUGUGAAUAUUCUGCAGCUAUAAACUGCAAAUUAUUGACAUGCAAAGCGAGACAUGACCCCCCUCUUCGGGAACAAAAAAUGAGGUCUGUUAAGUACCAAGAGGACCUCAGUUAUGUGUUUACAGCGUAAACUGCACCGAGGGGACGAAGACCACCAGCAGCGUGUGCUACUUUGCGAAACAGAAUAAUUUGCCAUCUUGUGUUCUUUUUAUAAUGCCUGUAUUAAUGUAGAAAGAUGUAAAAGAAAUAAAUUAGGAAAUAUUUUGUUUUAUACUGCCAUUCUUAUUGUAUUUUUAUACUUUUUUGGCAGCAUUAAAUAUUUUUUUAA